GCGAUCUUUGGCUCGGAUGGAAGGGUACCUCCUCAAGCAAGGCCACGUGGUCAAGAACUGGCGACGACGCUACUUCCGCCUCGUCGACGCGUCGCUCGCGUACUACGAUAGCCACCGCCACGACGCCAAGCGUUGCGGUCAAAUCGCACUGACCGGCGCGACCGUCGCGCUCGGUGACGGCAUUGGCAGCCUCGGCGAAGGCGUCGCGUCCGCUGCCGACGAGCGCCGCUUUGUCUUUCGCGUCAUCGACGGGUCGUCGCACGUGGCGUACUACAUGUGCGCCGAGGUCCCAAGCGGCUCGGACGCGAGUCGCGCCAACGCGGCGGCGUGGGUCGCUUGCGUUCAAGCGAGCAUUCGCGCCGCAUCAUCGACAUCGGUCGACUCGUUGCCGGUUGCUUUGUCGAGCGAGACGCAACUUUCAGCGACCGUCGUCAGCGCCAAGAUCGGGACGUCCGACGAAAUCUAUGAGGUGCACUGCGAAGCGUCCGUCGUCCUGCCGUGCGCGGAUGGCCUCGAAGAGAUCAAGUGCUCAUGGACGCUGUGGCACACGCGAAGCGACUUUGUUGCUCUCGAUGGGCACCUACGCUCUCUCAUUGCGGACGAGAUGGUGUCGCUGGCGUUUCCAACCGUGCACGCGGCCGUCUCGUUUACGCAGCGCAUCUCGGCGUCGUCUCUACCGGUAUGCACAGCCGCCUUGGACGCAUACGUGCAGAAGCUCUUGGCACGACCAUUCAUGGGCCGCCGCAACCAGCCCAGCGCCGAGCUCGUUCUCGACUUUCUCGAGUAUGCGGCCCACGCAUCGCAGCUGCCCGCUCCCCAGCGCAAGCACCACGCGACGCGCGCUCAUGCUGGCAUGCCCGAGCCAGCGCACGACAACGCCAAGAGCCGCAUGGCCAAGAUCGGUCGCAAGCUGCUCAUGGACGCGGUUGCGGAUUAA